UCGAAGUACGGCCAAUUAAGAAACUUCUUGUAGCUCCGACAUCCAUUAUAGUUUCGGGCAAAGAGCCAAGUACUUGAUUUGAGUAACCUGUUAACUUUUUGUCAAAGCGUGAUAUAAUUAAUAGAACGUUUAUUAUUGGUGUGUACUUAUUUAAUAGGAAUAUUCAUUAAUCUUAGAUUAAUUUAAAUAGAUUUAGUAGAUUUUUUCAAGUAGAGUUGUCAAAAUGUACAUCAGUGUAUUAUUAUGGACAAUAACAAUUUUGUUAAUAAUUUUUGAAUAUAUGCAACGAUGGAAUCAGAAGAAAUAUCCACCAGGACCGUUUUCUUGGCCGUUAAUCGGUAAUCAAUCUAUUUUGAAAGGAUUUGUUCGUAAGCAUGGUAGUCAACACGUGGCAUUUUGGAAGCUUGCUCAAAAAUACAAAAGCGAUGUAAUAAUGUUGGAUCUAGGUAUGCGUAAUAUCGUAGUAGUAGUUUCUGGCGCAAAGACUGUCCACAAAUUACUACGUAACCAUAACUUUGAUGGUCGGCCUUGGAACGAAUUUAUUAAGUUACGUAAUAUGGGAAUACGAAAAGGAAUUACAAUGAACGAUGGAGAUGAAUGGAAAGAGAUUCGAUCGUGGGUAGUACGAAUGCUAAAAACCCUUGGAUAUGGCAAACAAGAGAUGUCAAAGCUCAUCCAGGAUGAAAUAGUAACAAUUGUAGAAAGUCUAAAGAAUGGUGGUAUAUAUCGAUUGAAGCCGAUUAUCACACCUGCUGUCCUAAACGUUCUUUGGACUUUCACAACGGGAAAACGAAUCUCUGAUUUCGAAAAAUUGCAAUAUUUUAUCGGACUGAUGGAACGUCGUUCUCGUACCUUUGACUUAGCUGGAGGAAUUCUGUCUACUUUUCCUUGGAUUCGUUACAUUGCACCAGAAAUUUCGGGUUACAAUCUUCUCAUCAAUGUCAAUAAUGAAUUGAAGCACAUACUAACGAAUACGAUAAACGAUCACAAAGAGAAUUAUGUACCUGGCAAAGAGAAUGAUUUGAUCGAUAUGUUCCUUCGUGAGAUGUACAAUGAGAAAGAAUCUAAUCGCAAUUUUACAGAUGAUCAGUUGCUAUUGAUACUGGUGGAUCUCUUUAUUGCCGGCAUCAAUACCACUGCAACUACCUUGGAUUUCCUUCUUUUGCACAUGGUCGUUUAUCAAGACGUACAAAAGAAAGUCAAGGAAGAAAUAUCAUCAAAGAUAGGGUUGACCGAGUUUCCAAAGUUAGAAGAUAAGUCCAAGCUCGAUUAUGUAGAGGCUGUUAUUACCGAGGCUCAACGUAUUUGCGGAAUAAUUCCAUUAGCUGGGCCACGACGAGUUUUUGAAGAUACGAUUUUCGAAGAUUAUACGAUACCAAAGAAUGCCUCUAUUCUCAUAAAUCAAUACAGUGUCCAUAUGGAUCCAGAUAUAUAUCCGAAUCCGCACGAAUUUAAACCAGAACGUUUCCUAAAGGAUGGCACUUUUAAAAUGGAUCCGAAUUUGACUCUUUUCGGCAAGGGAAACAGACGAUGCCCUGGCGAGAAAUUAGCAAAAUCCGCUAUUUUUCUUCUGUUCGUUGGUAUUAUGCAAAAGUACACGCUACUUCCUAUACAAGAUAAAGGACCUUACGUCAUCGAAAUAAUUCCAGGAUUAACACUAUCCCCAAAACCUUACGAAGUACUAGUUGUACCGCAAUGACUAUAUAAUCUUUAUCUUAUAAUAACUGACUUAUUAUAGGAUUUAUAUAAGAAUUUUUCUUAUUCUACUAUAAAAUAAUUUCUUAUAGUUAAUUUUUAGUAAUUAUCUAUG